CACUCAACUACCCAACCAUCUUUCUUCUUUCUUUCUUUUACCCAUUUCUUCGUCUUCUGUGUCUCUGAAUUAAACUUUCUGUUUCUAUAUCCUAUCAAAGAAACUUCAAAAAUUCUUCAUAUAAAUGGAGCCAAAAGACCCUAAUCCAACAGCGGAGGAUGAAACCCAGAUCGUUGUUUCUCGGCGCAUCCAGAGGUUGUCCUUUCACCUCACCCCAAUACCUUGCUCUCUCUAUGAUUCCAACCAGCUUGGUAUGGUGGAGUGCGCUAAAGCAGCGAAAUUAGUGGUGAAUACUGAUAAACUGUCGCUAUACAUGAGAGGGAAACAUAGGGAGAUACAGGAGAAGGUGUUUGCUUACUUUAAUUCAAGGCCGGAGUUGCAGACCCCAGUAGAGAUAGCUAAAGAUGACUAUAGGGAGCUUUGUUGGAGACAGCUACUGGGUUUGGUUAGAGAGGCUGGAAUUAGGCCUUUUAGAUAUGUAGCAGAUGAUCCUGUUAAGUAUUUUGCCAUUCUUGAGGCGGUUGGUAGCGUGGAUAUGUCGCUUGGAAUCAAAAUGGGUGUCCAGUACAGUCUCUGGGGAGGCUCUGUUAUCAACUUAGGAACUAAAAAGCAUAGGGAAAAGUACUUUGAUGGUAUUGACAAUUUGGAAUACCCAGGUUGUUUUGCUAUGACAGAGCUACAUCAUGGUUCAAAUGUGCAAGGCCUUCAAACCGUUGCAACAUUUGAUCCAGUUAGAGAUGAAUUUGUAAUCAACACUCCUCAUGAUGGAGCUCUCAAAUGGUGGAUUGGCAAUGCUGCAGUUCAUGGCAAGUUUGCUACUGUUUUUGCCAGGCUGAUUUUGCCUACUCAUGAUUCUAAGGGCGUCUCUGAUAUGGGUGUCCAUGCCUUCAUUGUUCCGAUAAGGGAUAUAAAUACUCACCAGACACUUCCAGGAAUUGAAAUACAUGAUUGUGGCCACAAGAUAGGCCUAAAUGGGGUAGACAAUGGAGCGUUGAGGUUCAGUUCAGUAAGAAUUCCCCGGGAUAAUCUUCUUAAUCGAUUUGGAGAUGUGUCUCGGGAUGGGAAGUACACUAGCAGCCUUCCAACUAUAAAUAAACGAUUUGCUGCUACAUUAGGGGAACUUGUUGGUGGAAGGGUUGGCCUUGCAUAUUCUUCAGUUGCUGUACUCAAGCUUGCUGGAACAAUUGCCAUCCGAUAUUCUUUGCUGCGCCAGCAGUUUGGCCCUCCCAAGCAGCCUGAAGUCAGUAUUCUUGAUUAUCAGUCUCAGCAGCACAAGCUCAUGCCAAUGCUAGCUUCAACUUAUGCAUUCCAUUUUGCCGCUAUUCAUUUGGUAGAAAAAUAUUCGGAGAUGAAAAAGACUCAUGAUGAACAAUUAGUUGGAGAUGUCCAUGCACUUUCAGCUGGCCUUAAGGCAUAUGUGACAUCAUAUACAGCAAAGUCAUUGUCUGUCUGCCGGGAAGCAUGUGGAGGACAUGGGUAUGCUGCUGUCAAUCGGUUUGGUACCUUGAGAAAUGACCAUGACAUUUUUCAGACAUUUGAAGGGGAUAACACAGUGCUGCUACAACAGGUAGCAGGUGAUCUCUUAAAGCAAUACAAGGAGAAGUUCCAAGGUGGGACAUUGGCAGUGACAUGGAACUAUCUGAGAGAAUCAAUGAAUACAUAUCUAUCUCAACCAAAUCCAGUAACUGCACGAUGGGAGGGUGAAGAUCACUUGAGAGACCCUAAAUUCCAGUUGGAUGCCUUCAGAUACCGAACAUCUCGACUGCUUCAAAGUGUUGCUGUCCGACUUCGCAAGCACUCUAAAAGUCUUGGUAGCUUUGGUGCUUGGAAUCGGUGCUUGAAUCACCUUCUCACACUUGCAGAAUCUCACGUUGAAUCCGUGAUCCUUGCAAAAUUUAUUGAAGCUGUGCAGAAUUGUCCUGAUGCAAGCUCUCGAGCUGCUUUAAAACUUGUCUGUGAUCUUUAUGCCUUGGACCGGAUCUGGAAUGACAUUGGAACAUACCGCAAUGUUGACUAUGUUGCACCAAACAAAGCUAAGGCAAUCCAUAAGCUAACAGAGUACCUUAGUUUCCAAGUGAGGAAUAUUGCGAGGGAACUUGUUGAUGCUUUCGAUUUUCCUGAUCACGUUACACGGGCCCCAAUUGCCAUGCAAUCUGAUGCUUAUGCUCAGUACACUCAGUAUGUUGGAUUUUAAAACAGGGAUGACAAGUUAAAAAUUCAAGUGCCCCAGCAAUUGGGAAAAAGUGGUAGGCUUUCUUAUUCCUUAGUUUUUGUAUUUUUAUUGCUCAUUAAAAACUCCGUUGCAUCAAGGGAAGAAUAACAUGAUAAGAAAAUGAAGAUAUUGAUGUUUUUUUUCCCUUUCAGAAUAUAGUUGUACAAAUUUCUUCUUGUUUGGUAUUAAUAAAUUUCAUAAAACUUUAUUUAAUUCA